AUGGCGGUUGCGAAUGCUUAUUGGGCUACAGGAACUUUAGUCCCAAAUAUCCCCCAAAUCAGACCUCCUAUAUCUUCUUGUUUCGAUUUGUCUGUUGCCAAGAAAUCUUUCAGUCUGAGUGCCACCUCUUCGGAUUGGGAUUGGAAUACGUGGACUCGUCAUUUCUCCGAAAUCGAGCUUGCUGAGCGUUCUGUUUCUCUUCUUCAGUUUCAACUUGAAGAAGCAAUAGAGAAAGAAGAUUUCCAGGAAGCUUCAAAGUUGAAAAGAGCUAUAGCAGAAGCAACAUCCAAGGACAGUGUUGCAGAAAUUAUGUCAGAGUUGAAGACUGCAAUCCAUGAAGAACGUUAUCAUGAUGCUUCAAAGCUGUGUAAAAAUACAGGAAGUGGUCUGGUUGGUUGGUGGGUUGGCUACUCCAAAGAUUCUGAUGACCCAUUUGGAAGACUUAUACGCAUAACACCAGGUGUAGGCAGAUUUAUUGGCAGAAGUUAUAACCCAAGACAAUUGGUGUCUGCAUCUCCUGGAACUCCACUUUUUGAAAUUUUUGUGGUCAAAGAGACUGAUGAAACAUACACCAUGCAGGUAGUGUUCAUGCAACGAGCCAAAUCAAACAACUCAAAAGCCACAGCUCCAUCCAUGAAAGGGACAUCAAUGGCAGAUAUCGAGAAUUCGUCUGUAAUUGAUGUGAAAGUGAAUGAAGAAAAGCCUGGUAAAAAUGAUGGAAAAAGUAUAAAUUUUGAGGGAGACACUGAGGAAGGGAUAAGAAGCGUGUUAAAUUUUCUUAAAGACAAAAUUCCCGAAUUAAAAAUAAAAGAUUUAAAGGUUAUGAAAGUGGAUGUUGAAGAAGUAAUGGCCGAUGAUGAUGAUACUGUGAAUCAGUUAUUACAAGAAGAUGAUGAGAAAACAACUUCAGAUGAUGAAGAAGAAGACUCUGAAGUGGAAUCUGAAACAAGUGAUCUUGAUCUUGAUGUGGGAACAAACAAUGAUGCAGCAGAAGAUGGUAAAAGUUUAGACAUGAAACUUUUUGUUGGUGGGGUUUUACACAACAGAGAGGACACGCCCUCGAAAGAUGAAUUUGUGCGUGUUCCUGCUGAAAUAGAAGAAAUGGAAAAAGACUCAUUUGUCCUUCAUGUCCCUGUUAAAAGUCAUGAUUCGGAUAGUGAAGAAAGCAUUGCAUCUAAAGUCAAAAUGGCUGCUAUCGCCAGCCAAGGUGUUUCUGAACUUAUGCCUCCUGAUGUGGCCAAGGCUUUAUGGAGUUCUGAUAAAGUUUCUAGAAAGGUGUCAAGGGAUGUUCGUGAAAUUGUCAAGUUUGCGGUUAAUCAAGCAAAGAAGCGUGAAAAAUUGUCAGAGUAUACAAAUUUCAGUCGGAUCACCACAUCCAGAGGGGAUCUGGAUCCAUUUGAUGGUCUUUAUGUUGGUGCAUUUGGGCCAUAUGGGACGGAGGUUGUACAAUUAAGGCGUAAAUAUGGAAACUGGAGUGGUGCAAAUGAUGUUGAGUUUUUUGAAUAUGUUGAAGCUGUGAAGGUGACAGGCGAUUUAAAUGUUCCUGCUGGCCAGGUGACAUUCCGUGCCAAACUUGCAAAAGGGAGCCACUUUUCAAACCGUGGGAUGUAUCCAGAUGAAUUGGGAGUGGUUGGAAGCUACAAAGGUCAAGGUAGGAUUGCUGAAGUUGGAUUUACAAAUCCAAGAUGGGUAGAGGGGGAACUUCUCCAACUCAACGGCAAGGGUAUGGGACCAUAUGUCAAAGGUGCUGACCUUGGUUUCCUCUAUGUUGUCCCCGAGCAAAGUUUUCUUGUGCUGUUUAACCGUUUGAGACUUCCAGAAUAAACACCGUGGCCUCAUGCACACCCAAUCAACAAUGUAGCUACUAAAACUUCUUUUUCUUCUCUAGUCAUACGUGUUAGUAUAUCUUAAAAAAAACGCAUAUAUAUAUAUAUAUAUAUUUUUCAUAUAGAGAAUACAAUUGUUGGCCUGAAAUUUACUUUAGAUAUUUUGACAUCUGUGUUUGAUUGAGAUUGUUGGUGGGAUUUCUGGGUCCCACGAAUUUUAUUUAACAAUGAGUGUUGCAUUAUUAGAGGUAUUUUUUUUUUCUUUCUAAAGUUGAUAUGAUCAUGCACAACUGUAAUUUCUAUGGAAAAAUAGCUUUAAGGAAAGGGAGAGAUGGUGGGGUCUUUG